AUAAGUAAAUAAAUAAAUAAUAAUAAUUAAAAAAUAAUAAAAUAAAAAAUUGGGAUUAGGAUUAGCGGGAGCACGGUUGCGUAUUAGUUCUUGCCAGACCAGGUCACCUAGCCAGGUGCUGGUGGUGUACGCUCCUUCCAGCAUGCCUUCUGGUAAAAAACAGGCAUCUUCCCGCAAGGGGGACAAGGAAGCCACUCAAACUAAUUCAUUGGUGCCUGUUAUGCCGUGUAACCCGCAAGCAUUUGCUGAGUUCUUUGCGGCAUUUGAAACCUUUUAUAGGCAGUGUCGGCCAGGGGCCAUACCACUACCAGCACCACCGCCGGCCUCCCAAGGUUACAUUCCUGGCACCCUUCCCAGUAAUCAGGAACAACCAAGUACCUCUGCCUCUGGUUCGGGCAUAGCCCCACCGGAACCCGCCGCUGGGUCACCACGUAUAACUCGCUCUCAAUCUGCUCGCUCCCUUUGGUCUAAUUCAGGUUCCUCUGGUGGCAGAGCGCCUCCUGAGAGGUCUAGCAAUACUAAUUCUCAUCAGGACAUAGGUGUGCCCAGUUUCUUUCAGGAAGCAGCGCAGCAGCUCACGUCGGUGGAAGGAGAUUCCGUAUCAUCGUACAAAGAGGAACAACAGGGACUCCAUGACGACCCCCCGGCCGCUGCCCAGACUGUUGCUGACGCUGAGCAGCAGGGUGGGAAAAGGAAGUCCAAGAAGAAACACACUUCGAAAAAAGGAAAGAAAAGCAGGAAGUCGGAUUCCGAGGACGGGUCAGGUAAAGGGGAGAAAAAAUGCAUUUAUGGGAAGCGGAGAUACAGAACCCCGCAGUCGGAGCGUACUUUUGAAAAUUGGUUAGAUGGCUACCAAGUCUUCAUGGGGGUGGUUUCCGCAGCUUAUCCAAAACGCGCUAUGCAUCUCAUAGCACACAUGGCACAUGUUAGAAGGGCCUUUACGCUAGCAGGGGAGAAUGCCGCCUUAUCUUAUGAUGAGGAUUUCCGUAGAAACGCGGCACUUCUGCCAUCCACUCGCUGGGAAUUGAGGGACGAGAACUAUUGGAUGGAUCAUGUAGCUCCAUAUGUUAAGAAGAAAUCCCAGGAUUCUCCAAAGGUGAGAAAGAUGGAGCCAAAACGACGUCGGCAAUGUUGGGAUUUCAACAGGGGGGUCUGUUCCCGACCCGCAUGUAAGUAUGCACACGAAUGCGAAAGGUGCCUCGGUAAUCACCCGGGCUCCGCCUGCCCCAAAGGAAAGCAGCCCUUUCGAGGCGGCAGGGGGUACCUUUGGACACCCGCAGGGGACCUCCGGGAACUUCCAGUAAUGUGGCCCUUGGGCUAGCUCACACACCUAUCAAAUUGCACCUGUUAAAAGCCCUAUUAGAUCUAUACCCCAAUAAAAUAGCAGCGAGAUACCUUUGGGAAGGGUUUUCCUCAGGCUUUAGAAUCCCAGUCUCCUUUCCACCAAACCCGGGCGAU